GGGUACGCACAUGCGCGGUAGAUUCCUCAUGCUGGUACCCAUGCAGUCAAUGGUGGACUUCUGUAGCCUUCGUUAAGUAUAUACAGAGCCACUGAUAUAGCCGUACACUGAGAACCAGUCUCGCUAGCCACUCCUAUAGACGCUACCCACCUCAAGACACACAGAACAACCAAGAUGGAUGUGGACCAAGUGUGUCAGGUGCUGGAGGCUACUAUAUCACCAGACACAGCACAGAUCCAGCUGGCACAGCAUCAGUUAGAGCAAGCUGCCGCUGCUAACCUGCCUGCGUUUCUGCUUGCCCUGGCAACGGUCCUCGGUGAUGUGGCCAAGUCCAGUACAGCUCGUAUGGCGGCAGGUCUACAACUCAAGAACUACCUGACUAGCAAGACUCCCGAGAUCAAGCUGCAAUAUCAACUGAGAUGGCUGUCAAUAGACAUGGCAGUCAGAGAACAAAUCAAGAGCAUUAUUCUCUCCACUCUUGGCACAGAGGCGAGUCAUCGCUCAGCCUCACAGUGUGUGGCCUUCAUAGCAGCUGCUGAAUUGCCUCAGGCCCAAUGGCCGGGCCUGAUCCAAGCUCUCCUGGUCAACAUGACUACCAACCCCACCACUUCUAACACCAAAGUCACUGAGAACUUGAAGGAAGCAUCACUGGAGGCCAUUGGCUACAUCUGUGAGGAGCUGGAGCCCCGGUUCCUGGCCGCCCAGUCCAACGAGAUCCUCACUGCCAUAGUACGAGGCAUGAGCAAGGACGAGCCCACUCAGAGCAACACUGUCAAACUAGCCGCCACCAAAGCUCUCCUCAACUCACUAGAGUUCACUAAGGCAAACUUUGAGAAGGAGACGGAGCGUCACAUUAUCAUGCAAGUUGUGUGUGAAGCCACUCAAGUGCCACACGUGCCAGUACAAGUGGCAGCACUACAGAACCUGGUCCGCAUCAUGGGCCUCUAUUAUCCUCUCAUGGAGGCGUACAUGGGACCAGCACUGUUCGCUAUCACCCUCGAGGCAAUGAAGUCCAACGUUGAUGAGAUAGCUCUGCAAGGGAUAGAGUUCUGGUCCACUGUUUGUGACGAGGAGGUGGACUUGGCCAUUGAAGCCGCUGAAGCCAAGGAACAGGGCAGACCACCAGAGCAAGUCUCGAAGUUCUAUGUGAAGGGUGCCCAACAAUAUCUGAUACCAGUGCUGCUCCUGUCACUCACAAAGCAGGAAGAGUUUGAUGAUGAGGAUGAUUGGAACCCGUGCAAGGCCGCGGGCGUGUGUCUCACUCUCAUGGCUUCGUGUUGUGAGGAUGACAUCGUGGCGUUUGUGAUCCCAUUCAUUCAAGAGAAUAUUGUGAGCAAUGACUGGAAGUUUAGAGAUGCUGCCAUCGUUGCCAUGGGAUCUGUUCUGGAGGGGCCCUCCCCUACCGCACUGGAGCCUGCUAUUGCUAACAUUGUGGAGCGUCUGAUUGGUUGUAUUGGGGACGAGGCUGUACAAGUACGAGACUCUGCAGCGUGGACUAUUGGUCGUAUCUGCGAGCAUGUCCCCUCCGUCCUGCUCACUGACAUCACCCUCCCCCCGCUAUUACAAGCAUUGGGGGUGGGGCUUGAGGGAGAGCCAAGAGUAGCCACCAAUGUCUGCUGGGCCUUCUCCUCUCUGGCGGAGGCAGCGUAUGACCAGGCGUGUGAUGACACCAGCGAGGAGGAGGAACCAGCCACAUUCUGUCUCUCUACUUCAUUUGAGCACAUCGCCACUAAACUAUUGGCUUGCUCACAGAGGGCGGACGGAGGGACGGGAAACCUUAGGAGUGCAGCGUACGAGGCUCUCAUGGACCUCAUCAAGUUCAGUGCAAAGGAUUGCUACCCAGUGGUACAGAACACAACAGCCAUCAUAUUGGAGAGUAUUAAACAUGUGCUGAAUAUCCAGGUGUCCCAGUUGAGUGGGGCAGACAGACAACAGCUUACUGACAUGGAGUCGUUGCUCUGUGCAACACUGCAGUCCUUGCUCAGGAAGGUCAACACUGAGGACAUUCAGCAGAUCUCUGACACUGUAAUGCAGAGCUUGCUAGUGAUGUUUCAGUCUCACAGUGGUCAGUCAGGUGGCGGUGUACAGGAGGACGCCAUCAUGACAGUGGGGGUUCUUGUCGAGGUCAUUGGGGAGGGGUUCGGUCGCUACAUGGAAGCCUUUAAACCGUUUCUACUCCACUCACUACGGAAUUAUGCCGAGCAUCAGGUGUGCCUUGCUUCAGUUGGUUUAGUGGGUGAUCUGUGUCGCUCGCUGGGUCAAGGUAUCGCUGGAUAUUGUCCUGAGUUCAUGGCCAUACUACUGGAGACAUUAGGAAACUCGACAGUCCAUCGCUCCCUGAAGCCUCAGAUCCUCUCCACUAUAGGAGACAUUGCACUAGCUCUGGGCCCCAACUUCCAACAAUACCUUGAGGUGGUCCUACAGAUAUUACAGCAGGCUGCCUCCAUCGAGUCAGACAAGACUGACUUUGAUAUGAUUGAUUAUGUGAAUGAGCUGCGUGAAGGUUGCCUGGAGGCAUACACUGGCAUAGUACAGGGGCUCAAAGGAGAUAACAAAGAUCAAGUCAACUCUGCAGUACAGCUGAUAUCCAAUCAUGUGCCCUCUAUCAUUGCCUUCAUUGAGAGAGUGGCUGACGACGAGGAGCACACUGAUGCUAAUGUGGCGACAUGCUGUGGACUGCUGGGGGACUUGGUGACAGCAUUUGGAGUAGCUUUGGGCCCACUUCUCAACAACAAGGGCUUACUCACCAAACUAGUAGCCGAAGGUCGGAGGUCACGUAUGAAGAGGACAAAGACACUGGCUGCCUGGGCAACACAGGAGCUUAGCAAGCUGAGCAGUUGAUCCCGGACCACUGACUUGCUGUAGUUGAAUAACUGUGUUGUAUGUGUGUCACUAAUUUUGUCACUAAUUUCUGCCAAUUCAUGCAUUUUGUGUACCUUACAUGUAAUGUUGUUAAUUAUUAUGGAACUUCUUUA